UUUUCUUAAAACAGUGACGUCUACGUGGAUAAUUUUAGAUCAACCAAAGUGCUCUAUGUAGGCGUUUUAAGCACUUCUUCCUAUCCUGUAAAUGCUAAUUGGCAAUGGUAGUGUAGUUAGCGCCCCUAAUGUAAUGUAAUGGCGUUAGCUUCCUGGUGUUAGCCGCUAUAAUGUCGCCCCUUUAAUGACAACAUGAAUGAGUCCAAGCAGAGAGACCAGCCUGCUUAGGCGGAAAGAUGACGUGCUUUUCCCAGUGACCAACUUCAUGCGGUAAGUGCGUCGGAGCCUAACACACCGGCUCCAAACAGGUGCUCCAAUUCGCCCCGGCGCUUCUCCGCCCCUCUCGGCCGCUCAUUUGCUCCGCCGCGCGGCCCGGAUGUGGCGCACAGGAGCGCUGGCUGACACACCAACAUGGCGCUGGCUCUCGCCUAGCGUCGCCCGCCGUUAUAACGCCAAUAAUCAUCGUUACAUGAGAGGAGCAGGAGCGACGGGACAUGUGAGCUCUUCGAUCCAGACGAGCGGAUUUGUCAGGGUUUUGCAGCAUGUUUGGGAAGAAGAAAAAAAGGCUGGAGAUUUCGGCGCCGUCAAACUUUGAACAUCGGGUCCACACUGGUUUCGACCCACGCGAGCAGAAGUUCACUGGGCUGCCCCAACAAUGGCAGAGCCUCCUGGCAGACACUGCCAACCGGCCAAAGCCCAUGGUGGACCCCUCCUACAUCACCCCCAUCCAGCUGGCACCAAUGAAGAUAUCUCCCAAGAAGGUCCGGCCAUCCGAAACACCGUUGCCCAAAACAAUCGUGCGAGGAAACCGGCCGCCCAAAGACGCAUCCAUUAACGGCCUGCUGGAGGAAUUUGACAACGUAUCAGUGACGCGCUCCAAUUCGCUGCGCAAAGAGAGCCCGCCGGGGGCCCACCAGGCCGGCGCCAUCUCCAAACUCUCUAUGGGCCUUCGACCCGGCGGCCCCGAGGAGAACGGCUUCAGUCAUUACUACUCACGCUACUCCUGCGACCUGGACUCCUCCAGCAGGGACUACUCUCUGGAUCCAAGCAAACAAGGCUUCCCGAUGGAUGGGGACUGGGCUCUAGGAAGGCACUAUCGCUUCACCAAACAAAAUGGCCACUCCCAUGGCCACCCUAUCCGCAGCCAUUUCUACCCUGACGCCAUGCCCCAAAAAUCAGACUAUGGCAAGCUUCCCCCUGACUAUCACACCUAUCUGGAGAGCAAGGGGCGCUCCACUGAUGAGGUGGCUUCCACAGCGGGGAGCGGUGUGGGCUCCAGCGGCUACUACCGGGCAUCUGUGGGUGGCUCAUCCAGCCAGGACUACCGGGACACAUCAGUAGGGACACCAUCACGCGCUUCCCUACACAGCGAGCAGAUCAACUACCCAGACAGCGAGUGGAGCUAUGGUGCUAUGCGGGAUGACUACGACAAGCGGCCCAAAAGCUCCUACGUGAUGCAGACCAGCCCCACACCGGCCAUAAGGCAACGGUCCCGCUCCGGCUCUGGGCUGCAGGAGCCAAAUGUUCCAUACGCGGCCAGCGGGGUCUUUAAGAACCCCUCCCAGGCCCACCCUUACAGCUCCUACACCUACCCUCGCCUGUCUGAGAGCCUCGCCACUUCGCAGACCAUCAACAAGGGUGAAUACGAGCGGACGUCGCGGGACGGCAGCCCUCAGUUGGCGACGGGAGACACCUACUCCCGCGGUCCCCUCAAGCUACCUCAGAACCACGCCAAGCCCCCUGGGUACCCACCAGUGCACUUGCCCUAUCCACCUGUGUUUCACCACUAUAAGCCCUCGCCCUACCACCAUCCCCCGUCCCAGCCCAGCCCACCUUACACUCCGCAGGGGGCCUAUUCCCAGCCUUCGUCCCCUUACGUUCUCCCAGGGGCAUAUCCGCCACCCUCCUGGGGCUCCAGCUCUGAUACGCAGCCUUCCAGAGUGUCUCACGAGCAGUUCCGAGCUGCUCUUCAACUCGUGGUCAAUCCAGGCGACCCCCGGGAGUACUUAGACAGCUUCAUCAAGAUUGGCGAGGGCUCCACGGGCAUCGUCUGCAUCGCCAGUGAGAAGCACAGCGGCAAGCAGGUGGCGGUGAAGAAGAUGGACCUGAGGAAGCAGCAGAGGAGGGAGCUGCUCUUUAACGAGGUGGUGAUCAUGAGGGACUACCACCAUGAGAACGUGGUGGACAUGUACAACAGCUACCUGGUGGGGGACGAGCUGUGGGUGGUCAUGGAAUUCCUUGAGGGAGGCGCGCUCACCGACAUCGUCACUCACACCAGGAUGAACGAGGAGCAGAUCGCCACCGUGUGCUUGUCUGUGCUGAGAGCGCUCUCCUACCUGCACACUCAGGGCGUCAUCCACCGGGACAUCAAGAGUGACUCCAUCCUGCUGACCAACGACGGACGGAUCAAGCUGUCAGACUUUGGCUUUUGCGCCCAAGUGUCCAAAGAGGUGCCUAAGAGGAAGUCCCUGGUAGGGACGCCAUACUGGAUGGCGCCAGAGGUCAUCUCCAGAUUACCUUACGGCACUGAGGUGGACAUUUGGUCUUUGGGUAUCAUGGUGAUCGAGAUGGUGGAUGGCGAGCCCCCCUACUUUAAUGAGCCCCCCCUGCAGGCCAUGAGGAGGAUACGCGACAACCUACCACCACGACUAAAAGAGUCGCACAAGGUGUCGUCGGUGCUGCGCUCCUUCCUGGACAUCAUGCUGGUCCGGGAGCCCUCCCAGCGGGCCACGGCCCAGGAGCUCCUCCAACAUCCUUUCCUCAAACUUUCGGGACCACCUUCUUGCAUCGUCCCCCUCAUGAGACACUACCGCCAUCGCUGACCUUUGACCCGUGUGCACAGCUGCCCUGCCCGAACAGGACGGACCCCACCCGCCUCGCGUGACACUUUGUAACCGUGACGUAGAUUAGCUGAAGGAUUACUAACCACACAAAAAACACAUCAACUCUGAAGAGGACUCAAGGUUGUUAUGCACCUUAACAAACCUGAACUGUCCCCGACCCCCUUUUUAAGACUGCACCUGAGAUGCUCCAAGGUGGGCGGGGCUUACAGAGAGUGGGCGUGGCCGCAGACCAGAGCAGCCUAGCGCUCAGAGAUCAUCCUCUCUCCUUGCAGUGAAAAUGUAUUUUAGAGCAAAGUGUAAAAUCUCCUGUACAGUUUUGAUAAUUUGCAGUAUUUUAUGGUGUUGUUGUGAUAUGAGAAGUAUUGCUUAGAGAUCUUUCCUACCGUUUAUAAUCCACUUUUUGCUGAACAAAUACAACUAUACCAGAUAUCCCAAAUAAACCCACUUGAACCCAACUGUUACUGAAAAAAAAAGGUACAUAUAUUUAUUAUUAUCUUUGUAGACAGAACUUCCAUUAAACGUUGGGCAAAAAAGGGUCAUGUAAUCUGUAUUUUUGAUCUUUUAAAGUAUUUAUUUAAUUAUUGGAAUUGUAUAUUUUUGUGUCCAGUGGCCUUUUCUUAUUUUAGGUCAUUAUUUGUUAAUUUUUUUUAAAAGCGCGAUGGUAAACAGGGAUAUGAUCAAAUGCACUCAAAAAUAUUUAUAAUGGGCUUAAUAUUGUUGUUUUUUGUCCAGUUAGAAAUGCACAAAUAAAUAAAGUUAGUGUAUAAAAAAAAUAAUAAACAUAAUUAUUAUUAUUCAAAAAUAUUGUGUGAAAAUUGUUUUUGUAAGUUAUAUAAUAAUUUAUGAAUAUAAAUGCUAAUUAUAAGCAUAUGAUGGAAAUAAAUGGUAUAUUAUGCAGUAUCACAUUUUUGGAGGGAUUAUUAAAAUCAAUUACUGCAUAUUUUGUGCAUAUAUUUCAUAUUAAAUUAGAAAUGUUUAAAAAACUUCAAGAUAAAAAAAGUUAUGUAUGCCUUUUAUAUAAUUAUUUGUAAAUAUAAAUGUGUUUUAUAAACAUGAUAGAAAUAAAUUAUUCCCGGACCGGGGUCUUUCUGUGUGGAGUGUGCAUGUUCUCCCCGUGAAUGCGUGGGUUCCCUCCGGGUACUCCGGCUUCCUCCCACUUCCAAAGACAUGCACCUGGGGAUAGGUUGAUUGGGAACAUUAAAUUGGCCCUAGUGUGUGAAUGUGAGUGUGAAUGUUGUCUGUCUAUCUGUGUUGGUCCCGUGAUAUUUAAUAUCAUACAAUUAUUAAAAAUGUCUUGUAAAAAUAAGGUAUUAAAAUAUGUAUAUAAUAUGAUACAAUCAUAUAAUCAAAUAUAACAAAAGAUAUAUAUAUAAUUCAAAUAAAAUGAAAUAUAAUCAACACUCAAAAAACAAUAUCAAUAAAUUGUUAUAUAUUAUUAUUCAGCUUAUAAACAUGAAUCCAAACACUAUUAAGUAUGUUUUUAAUAAAAUAAAACUAAUAUUAUACGAGAAUCUAAAAUUGUUCGGAAGUAUUGAAUAACAUUAAUUACAGCAUAUUUUAUGUAUGUGUUUAAUAAUUAUUUGAAAUUUCUAGAAACCUAUAUGUAUAAAGAGCUGUAUAUAUAUAAUAUACCCAUCAUGUGGGUGUAUAUACAGUCGUGGUCAAAAGUUUACAUACACUUGUAAAGAACACAACUCUUAUUUUUUUGUGACAGAGUGAUUGGAGCACAUACUUGUUGGUCACAAAAACAUUCAUGAAGUUUGGUUCUUUUAUGAAUUUAUUAUGUGUCUACUGAGAAUGUGGCCAAAUGUGCUGGGUCAAAAGUAUACAUACAGCAACAUACAUUAUCAAUUUUGGUGGUGUAGAAAAGUUACAAUCAAAUCAAAUUAGCUUCAUGGCCUCUUAACUUCAUGUAAGUGAUUAUGAUUGACGACACCUGUUAACUUUUCUGAGCCCACUUAAAUAGGGCUCAUGUGAUGCAGUCAUUAGAUUCGGUUACAAACACGACAAUAGGAAAGUCAAAGGAACUCAGCACAAAUCUGAAAAAACUAAUCAUUGACUUGAACAAGUCAGGAAAGUCACUUGGAGCCAUUUUAAAUCAGCUAAAUGUUCCAAAAACAACUGUGCAGACAAUUGUUUGUAAGUAUGAAGUGCACGGUACAGUUUUGUCACUGCCACGAUCAGGAAGAAAAUGCAAGCUAUCACCUGCUGCUGAGAGAAAAUUGGUCAGGAUGAUCAAGAGUCAACCGAGAACCACCAAAAAGCAGGUCUGCAAUGAAUUGGAAGCUGCUGGAACACAGGCGUCAGUGUCCUCAGGCAAGCAUGUUUUGCAUCGCCAUGGACUGAGAGGCUAUCAUGCAAGAAGGAAGCCCUUGCUCCAGAAGCGACACCUUAAGGGUCGUCUAAAGUUUGCUGCUAAUCACAUGGACAAAGAUAAGACCUUCUGGAGGAAAGUUCUAUGUUCAGAUGAAACACAAAUUGAGCUGUUUGGCCACAGAACCCAGCAAAAUGUUUGAAGGAGAAAUGAUGAGGACUUUAAUCUCAGGAAUACCAUGCUUACCGUCAAGCAUGGUGGUAGUAUUAUUAUGCUCUGGGCCCGUUUUGGUGCCAAUGGAACUGGUGCUUUACAGAGAGUAAAUGGGACAAUGAAAAAGGAGGAUUACCUCCAAAUUCUUCAAGACAACCUGAAAUCAUUAGCCUGGAGGUUGGGUCUUGGGCGCAGUUGGGAGUUGCAACAGGACAAUCAGGGGCGCCGCUAGGGAUUUUGGGCCCCCUGAAAAGAAUCUUUACAGGGCCCCUGUAUCUUUACAGGACCCCUCUGUAUUAUAAUUUCAUCAUCAUUAGGGGCCUCUCUGCCCCCCCCGUCCAUCAUGGGCCCCUAGAAUCCGUCUCCUUUACCCCUCCUUUUUGGCGCCCCUGAGGACAAUGACCCCAAACACAAAUCAGGCUAGAAUUAAGGUUUUAGAAUGGCAUUCCCAGAGUCCUGACUUAAACCCCAUUGAGAACGUGCGGACAAUGUCCAUGUCAGAAAACCAACAAAUUUAGCUGAACUGCACCAAUGUUGUCAAUAAUUCAACUAGAAGCUUGCCAGAAGCUUGUGGAUGGCUACCAAAAGCGCUUUAUUGCAGUGAAACUUGCCAAAGGACAUGUAACCAAAUAUUAACAUUGCUGGAUGUAUACUUUUAACCCAGCAGAUUUGGUCAUAUUUUCAAUAUCAAUCAAUCAAUCAAUGUUUAUUUAUAUAGCCCUAAAUCACAAAUGUCUCAAAGGACUGUACAAACCAUUACGACUACGACAUCCUCGGAAGAACCCACAAAAGGGCAAGGAAAACUCACACCCAGUGGGCAGGGAGGAUUCACAUCCAGUGGGACGCCAGUGACAAUGCUGACUAUGAGAAACCUUGGAGAGGACCUCAGAAGUGGGCAACCCCCCCCUCUAGGGCAGUGGUCCCCAACCUUUUUGUAUCCGCGGACCGGUCAACGCUUAAUAAUUUGUCCCGCGGCCCGGGGGGGUGGGUCCUUUUUUUUUCUUCUUUGUCAUGAAAAAGGGAUGUU